AUGUGGUCCACCUUCGCCAAGCGUGAGGACGGAGACAUCGAGUACGAGGACCUGAUUCAGUGGAUCCUGAAGCCCAGCACCCCGCUGUCGGUGACGGCACUGGGCGAGCUGGCAUUCUUUGAUUUGAAGGCAGCUUUGGAGCCCUUGUUCUGGGCCUAUGACCAAAAUCGUGAUGGUAUCAUCAGCUGGGAAGAGUUCAUGGAAGCCCAUGGGAUCCUGCAGAAUGCCCUUCGCCUGAACCCGCCCAAGGAGGGCGACAUCGACCCCGCGAUGCUCAAAGGGGACUUGCACCACUGUUACCUGACCAUUGGCUCCGAAGGCGUCCGGUCCUCGGAGAGACAGGACAGGCGGCUCACCUUCGCCAAGUUUAUCACAUGGCAGCGGGAUGCCCUGAUGUCCUCUUCUCUCGCUUCCGACGUCUUGGCGAAGACCCUGCACAGCGUGGCCAAGCAGCUUCAACGCGUUUUCAAGCUCUCUGAGACAGAGAAAAGAGGGCAGCUGACAGAGUCAGACAAGCAGGUUCUUGUCCGCAUCCUUCAGCACAUCGCCCAGUUCAGCCGGGAGCUCUGGGGGCAAUCCGCCUCGCAGUGGACUUCCGUGAUCGCUCACAGCUUCGCCAACAAGUGGACGGCACCGGUGGUGGGCAUGAACGUGCAGCACCUCCAGGAGGUCUUCUUGCACGAUUUCGAAGCCGGCCGCCUGAAGUUCAGCGCCCGAGUGGCCUCCAGGGAGUGGGAGAUCCUCUGCAUUCCAGCCAUCCCGGUCUUGAACCGGCCCCAAGCCUGGUUGGCCAAACUCCGGCUGACCACGCAGCUCACGGAUGGCCGCAGGCUACGCAGCAGCUGGCAGUUCUAUCGCUAUGCACAAGAGCUCUUCACCUGGCACCUCUUGACCGACGGGAAAGUCUUCGAGGUGGCCCUGGAGGGCCUGAGCCCUGAGCUGCAACUCUUCUGCUUGCUAAAGACCAUGGCCAACUUUGGCGUUCGCCUCACAUGGUCCAACUUGCAGAAGGCCUUAUCGCAGGCUGUGGAAAUGCACAGCAUCACAGAUGAGCAACGCCGCCUCUGCAACAGUGUCUUCGAGAAGCAGGUGGCCAAAGGGCUUGACGCCGAGGGCCUCUACUUCAGCAGAGAGCGCCUGGAGAGAGUGACCGCGUGCCUUGUGACCACACCCAGCCACGUGAUGGGCGUCUUCGCCGAGCCCUGA